GAUAGGAUAGGAUAGGGAGCAGCUCAGUUGUGCUUUAUUGGGCUCAGGGGAGGCAUUGGCAAUUAUCCUGAAGCACUUACCGGAAUGAGAGUUUCUUCUGACAAGCAGCCAGCUGCUUCACCAGCACUGCCAGCACUGCCAGCAUUCCAGUGCCACCAGCACCACCAGCAUCCCUCUGCUGCUGGAGAGACAAUGAUCCCUCAGAUAAGAGAAACGAGGAAUGGCAGAAACCUAUAGGAAGAGGAAAGGCUGUUGGACAAUGGGACAUUGUGCAGGGAAGGAAUGUUUCUCAUCAGGAGGAGGUGAGGAGCCAUUUGCAAAAUAUUUCAUUUGGAGCUUUUGACAAUUCACUUCCUCUGUAGCAGAAAAACCCAAGAUAAAUAUCUCAGAGGAAGUGAAACUCUGACAUCAACAGAGAUACAAUUUUCUACUCCCCUGUGACUACACUGAGUCUGGUAGAGCAACCGUGGGAGAGGACACAGAGAGGUGCCAGAGGGACAAAAUUGGGAGCUCCUGGUGAUCUGGGAACUUUCUUCUGCAUGUUCCUGACCUGGGAGGAGCUGCAUUAGGAUAUGGAUACUUCCAGAGGUACCAGGAAGCAUUGCUGAUCUGCAUAGACCCACUUUGCCUGCUGGUACCCCACAGCCAAGAGGGAGCUGCUGAGGAGCCACCUGGUCCAUCCCUGCAUUCUCCAAGCACUAACUACUCAUCAACACUGACCACAUCCAGGAGCCACAUCCCACUGCCUGCCCAGUGUCCAUCCAUGGAGGUGACCACUGUGACCCCAUCUCCUGCCUCACCCACUGAAGGGAACAACCUCUGUGAGAUAGAUGUCACCCACGUUGCCAUACACAGCGUGACACUGCUCAUCUGCCUCUGUGGGCUGGUUGGGAAUGGGAGCGUCCUCUGGCUCCUCAGCCUGAAAAUCCGUAACUCUGGCAUCUUUGACCUGGCUCUUGCUGACUUCCUCUUUCUUCUCUUCACGGUCCCGUCUGUUUUCCUCUUCCUGGUGGAGGACGUGUCCUGCUCUCCUAUCAUGCCCCUGGCGUAUCUGAGCUUCCUUUUCCAGCUGUCAAUGGUCUCCUACUUCUGUGUACUUUUCCGACUGGCAUUCCUCAACUUCCGGAAGGAUGUGACCUUCCUCAUCAAACUCUGCUGCCGCUGCGACCUUCCCGAGCGCCUGUGGCGACUUGUGGACAGUGUCCAAGACUGGGUCUUUUUCUCUCACUUCACUGUCAUUCCCAUGUUGACUUCCCUGUGCUCGUCACAAGAGCAGGAGAACUGCCGGGCAGCUCUCAUCUCCAUGUACCCCAUGAUCCUGCUCCUCUUUGCUGCACCCGUGGUCAUUUCCCGCACAAUCCUCCUCGUCAAGGCCAAGCGUGGCUCCCAGCAGCAAAAACCUGAAAGGAGAGACAAUGUUAUAUCCCUUGUUGUGCUCUUCACUCUCCUCCUCGGCCUCUGCAAUUUCCUGCAGCACCUUGGCUACAUCCCUGUGUCCUCCCAGGUUGUUUUCCUGCUCACCUGCAUCCACAGCAGCAUCAAACCCUUCAUCUACUUCUUGGCAGGGAAAUGCUGGAGUCCCUGCUCCAUGGAGUCCCUCCAGCAUUCCCUCCAGAGGGUCUUUGAGGAAAAGAAAGAAGAAACUGCCUUCAGCGAUGAUGCCACCACAGACACAAUGCUCUAAGCCUGUUGACCCUUUCCACUGCUCUCCUGAAGGAUCUUGGCACAGGUUUCCUUGAGUCACCUGAUUAAUAAAUAUCCACAGCAUCGCCCUCCCUGUGCUGGUGUACUCCUGCAGGAGAAGGGAGCAGGGGCAUUGCCAGGGCCAAUGUGGGAGGGAUGCUUUGCCAUAGAGCACACUGGAGCGUGGCUUUCCUCCUCCCUGCUGUGUCCACAUGGCUCCAGGCAGUGCAGCUGGGUUCAGUCACAGCAUUGCUCUGGUCAGGAUUAAUGUAGCUCAGGCCUUAGCCCCAGUUCUUACAGACCUCAAAGGGUUCGUCCCAGUCCUGGCAAACUCCAAGCACCCGGAUAUGUCCCAGUGCUAUGCGCGGCGGUAAUGCCCCGAAUGUGAUCUCAGUGGAACCUCCAGAUGUUGCCGUAAGACCAGGGAGCGACAAAAAUAUACAGCAGCACAGGCUUCAUCCAGAAACCAGAAGAAGCGGUUUUUUGAAGAAGUACUCACAUUUUAAAAGACUGUUUCACAGAACCAAGGAUAGAAUAAGUUCAUUGGUCCAUGGAAGGCAACAUCUCUUGUAAACAUGCUUUUACCAAAGCAUCACGUUCCUCACGCACUCCUCCUGUCCACAACACCAGGUGCUAAACUUUGUUAUUAAUUCUUUUCCUUCUG